CGCCAAGUCUCUUUCCGCUCAUCAGACUAUUCCUCUCCUGCUCGCCGGCCCACCACCACCCCGCCUCCCCCGGCCCUCUCGGCACCCGCCGCCCUCCGCCCCGACUCUCCUUCUGCUUUCGCCGCGCCAUGGCCUCCAGAGGCGCGGCCGCGCUCCUGCCAUCGCGACUGGCGGUGGUGGCACCUUGCGCGGGCCAUGUCGGCGUCAGGCUAGCUGCCCAAGCUAGCCUUGCACCCUUUAGACAUCCUCGGUUGGGCUCGGCGAGCCCUCUUUUUCUGCGCUCCUUCUCCACUGCGUUGGGGUCGGCGCGCCCACUUUUGCGCCCUCUGCAGACUUUGCGGUUUGCGCGGUUCGAAUCCACUGCGACUCCGGCAUCCAAAACCUCGAAGGAUGAGGGCAAGGCCAAGGACGACAAGAAGGCUUCGGUCCCCGUCAAGGUGCACCCGGGUAUGCUGCCGGUGCAGACCAAAGCGGAUUCGGCGUCGAUCAUGAAGCUCCUCACCCUUGCAAAGCCGCAGUGGAAGCUGCUUACUGUCGGCGUCUCGUGCCUCGUCCUCUCGACUGGUGUCUCGCUCGCGGUCCCCUACGUAAUCGGCAAGAUCAUCGAUUUUUUCGCUCCCGGCUCCAAGGAGAAUCUUCUCUUCGGUCUCCCGCUCGAGCAGGCCGCAGGGGCCCUCGCCAUCGUCCUCGUGAUCGGUGCGAUUGCCAACGCUGGCCGCAGCAUUUGUUUGCGUCUCGCUGGCCAGCGCACCGUCGCCCAGAUCCGCAACAAGACCUACCGCCAGUACCUUGCGCUCCCGCCAUCUCACAUCGAGACGGCGGGCGUUGGUGACGCACUUUCGCGUCUUGGCCAGGACUCGUCGAUUGUUGGACAAUCCCUCUCUGAAAAUCUCGGCGAGGGCCUCAAGGCCGUUAUGGGUGCUGCUGUCGGUGUCGGCGCCAUGUACCUCAUCUCGCCCAAGCUGUGCAUGGUCAUGCUCCUGCUUUUCCCGCCAAUCUCCGUCGGCUCCUACUUCUACGGCCGGUAUAUUCGCAAGCUGUCGCUCAAGACGCAAGAGGCACUCGGCAACAUGUCUAAGCUUGCGGAGGAACGUCUGUCCGCACACCGCACAGUGACUGCCUCCAACACGCAACCGUCCGAGCGAGCACUGUUCGCGGGUAAGGUGUCGGACGUCUUCAACCUCCAGAAGAAGGAGACGUACGCCAACGGCAUUUUCCAGGGCUCCAACGAGGUCGCCGGUGACUUUGCCAUGAUCGGCCUUCUGAUUUAUGGCGGCAUCUUGGUCCAGCGCGGCGAGGUAACGGUGGGAGACAUGACUACGUCGCUCAUCUACGUCAACUGGAUUGAGUGGAGUCUCAACACUCUCGCUGGCUUCUUCACCGGUCUCAUGCGUGGUGUCGGUGCGUCCCAACGCAUCAUUUCUCUUCACGCCCUUCCAUCGCCCGUCCCGCUGUCCGUUGGAUCCAAGGUCGCUUCAGCCGAUGCGGGCCCGAUUGAGCUGCGGGACGUCGCCUUUGCGUAUCCCUCGCGCCCAGACGUUAAGGUGCUCGACGGCGUCAACCUCCGCAUCGACCAGGGCGAGCAGGUUGCCCUCGUCGGCGGAAGCGGAAGCGGCAAGUCCUCGAUCCAGCUACUCCUGCUCCGUUUCUACGACCCUACGGGCGGACAGGUUCUCUUCGGCAACAAGGACAUCCGCGAGUUUGAGCCCGAGUCGUGGCGCAAGCGCAUCGGUUAUGUCCCGCAGGACCCGAUUCUUUUCGGCGGCACCAUUGAAGACAACAUCAAGUACGGGCACCCAGAGGCGACUCGCGAGGAUGUGGUUGCGGCCGCGGCCAUCGCCCACUGCGACUUCAUCGAGCGUAUGCCCGAGGGCUUCAGCACGAUCAUUACCAAGGCGUCCCUCUCUGGCGGUCAACGCCAGCGGAUUGCCAUCGCCCGUGCGCUCGUCGGUAGGCCCUCCGUUCUUCUCAUGGACGAGGCGACUUCCGCCCUGGACUCGGAGUCGGAGCGCGCCGUCAACGCCGCCCUCGACAAGCUCUUCCACGACACGGACAUCACCGUCAUUCUCAUUGCCCACCGUCUCUCAUCUAUCGCCCAGGCCGACCGUGUUGUUUACCUUGAGGGCGGCGCUAUCAUGGAGGACAGCUCGUACGACGACCUCAUCACGCGCCCCCACGGCCGCUUCCGCAAGAUGGUCAAGGGCCAGAUGGCCAAGAUCAAGGACCCCGUCGGCGAGGAGAAGGCUGAGGAGGAGCCUACCUCGGCGCAAGCCAGCCCCAAUGCGUCCGACGUCCCUCCCGCCAUCUCGGUGCAGAACCAAGUUUCCGCAUCCUUGGUUCAGCGCCGUGAGCUGCACACGUCUGCGCGCCGCUUCUCGUCCGAAGUUGAGGUGCCCCAGCCGCCUAAGGAGUUCCGCUCGGUCUACUCGGCAGCCAACGCUCCAGCCGAGCCGCUCGCUGACCUCCCUAUGCCUGUUCCUCAAGCUCCCGCGGCGCCCCUUGCUGCGUACAAGCCCCUGCCGCCUAUGACUCUCCCGCGCCUGAUCAAGGUUUAUGCGCAGCUCUCGAAGCGUAACCUCUCGAUCCUCAUGACGCUUACUGCGACAACCGGCUUUGCGCUGUCACCGCUCCCUCUCUCGCUCCCCGUCCUGGCCUGCCUCACUGUCGGCACGUUCCUCACCUCGGCCGCUGCCAACACGUUCAACCAGAUCCUGGAGGUGCCGCUCGACGCGCAGACGCCUCGCACGCGCGUGCGCCCCCUUGUUGCCCGUCGCGUCACGCCCUUCCAUGCCGCCUCCUUUGGCGUGGUUUGCACCGCACUCGGCGGCUCGAUCCUCUGGUUCGGUUGCAACCCUACCACCGCGUUGCUCGGCAUUGGCAAUCUGCUCCUGUACUCGGGCGUUUACACCCCGAUGAAAAGGUUCAGCGUCGCCAACACUUGGGUCGGUGCCGUCGUCGGCGCCAUCACCCCACUCAUGGGGUGGACGGCUACUGGCGGUUCUCUGUGGCCGACAGUUGAGCAGCCACUGCUCAUGCACUGGCCGCUGGUCGAGAACCUUCCCGAUCUCCCGAACCCGAUGACGGCUUGGAUGCUUGGCGUCCUGCUCUUCUCGUGGCAGUUCCCGCACUUCAACGCGCUCUCCUACAUGAUCCGGCCCUUUUACGCUCUCUCGGGCUACCCGAUGCUGAGUGUACUGAGCCCGCAUCUCAACGCCCUCGUCUCGCUCCGGCACGCGCUCAUCCUCGUCCCCGUGUGCGCGGUCAUGGCCCCGCUCACCGGCUGCGUCGACUGGAGCUUUGCGCUCACGUCUGCCGUCCCCAACGCAUACUUUGUCAAGACAGCGUGGGACUUUUACCGCCGCACGAACGAGCAGACCGCCAAGCGCGUCUUCUUCGUCUCGCUUUGGUACCUCCCCGCCGUGCUGGGCCUGAUGCUCCUGCACAAAAACUUCGGCAAGUGGUUCAAGACCGAGCUGGAGUGGGAGCACAGCGAGGAGGGCCAGGCGCAGAUCCUCGCCAUCGAGAAGGAGCGCGGGCGCGUGCUCGUCGACCAUGGGACUGUGUUCUCACAUCCCAAGGCAAAAUCAGAGUAGGAGAAUAUAGACAACUGUACCACUAGCAUUAUGGCAUAUCAUCCCCGGCU